CGCACCCCCAUAUCUCACCACGACCACACAUAAUAGUUCAAUUCCAUUCACAUCCCUCUCUCUCUCUCUCUCUCUCUCUCUCUCUCUCUCGAAGCAUAAGCAAGAAACAAUGGUGAAUGAUCCCAACAUGAAGAAGCCCCAUGCAGUGGUGAUCCCCUACCCCCUCCAAGGCCACGUGAUCCCCACCGUCCACCUUGCGACGAAGCUCGCCGCCCGCGGCUUCGCCGUCACCUUCGUCAACACCGAAUCCAUCCACCACCACACCAUCCUCUCCCACCAAAACACCCACAACAACAACGGCAACGACAACGACAACAACGACAACCACGACGAUGAUAUAUUCGCGGGGGCGCGAGCGUCGGGCCUCGACAUCCGAUACGAGGUCGUAAGCGACGGCCUCCCCGUGUCCUUCGACCGGUCACUCCACCACGACCAGUUCAUGCAGGCCGUGCUCCACGUGCUCUCCGCGCACGUCGAGGAGCUCCUGCGGCGCAUCGUCGCUGACGCCGACCCCCCCGUCACGUGCCUCGUCGCCGACACCUUCUUCGUGUGGCCGUCGGCGAUCGCCAAGAAGCUCGGCAUCCCCUACGUCUCCUUUUGGACCGAGCCCGCGAUUAUAUUUACACUGUACUAUCACAUGGACCUCCUCAUCAACAAUGGCCACUUCUCUUCCAAGGAGAAAAAUCGGACGGAUACGAUUAAGUACAUACCAGGAGUGGCCUCGAUCGAGCCAACCGAGCUAAUGUCGUACCUACAGGAGAGCGACACGUCAUCAGUGGUCCACCAAAUCAUCUUCAAGGCUUUUGAAGAUGCCAAAGGCGCGGACUUCGUGCUCAGCAAUACAGUAUACGAGCUCGAGCCUGACACAAUCUCAGCGCUGCAAAUUGAGAAGCACUUUUAUGCAAUAGGCCCUAUCUUUCCUCCGGGAUUCACCCAUAGCCCGAUCGCGACGAGCCUGUGGGCGGAGUCCGACUGCUCUUACUGGCUCGCCGCGCAGCCCCCCCGGUCGGUCCUCUACAUCUCCUUCGGGAGCUACGCGCACGUCAGCAAGCGCGACCUGCACGAGAUCGCCCGCGGCUUGCUGGCUAGCAAGGUGAGGUUCAUUUGGGUGCUGAGGCCGGAUAUCGUGAGCUCCGACGAACCCGACCCGUUACCGGGCGGGUUCCUAGAGGAGAGUAAGGGAAGAGGCAUGGUGGUGCAGUGGUGUAGCCAAAAGGAGGUGCUAUCACACCCAUCAAUAGGUGGUUUCUUAACACAUUGUGGUUGGAACUCAAUAUUGGAGAGCAUUUGGUGUGGGGUCCCAAUGUUGUGUUUCCCUUUGUUAACGGAUCAAUUCACUAAUAGGAAAUUGUUGGUUAAGGAUUGGAGAAUUGGGAUUGGGAUUGGUGAGCUCAAUAGUGUUAGUAAAGAGGUGGUUUCAAAGAGGAUUGAAGAGUUAGUGAGAGGGAAAGAGGGGGAGGAGAUAAGAGAAGAGGUUAAGAAGGUAAAGAUCGUGCUUGAGAGCGCGAUUAGCCCUAAUGGUUCCUCGACGAAGAAUUUCGAUCAGUUCGUUUCGGACUUAAUGAAUUACGGUCGCAAAAUGGAUGGUGAUCAUCAAGUGAAUAAUGGUGGCCAUGUAAUGAGUUAGAACUUUAGUUACAUUUUUGAGAAUUACUUGGAUUUUAUGUUAAUGUGCAAGAACUUUAUUUUUUCCACUGUAUUAAUUUUGGAUGAAUUUAUUGUAUCCAGUUUAUAUGACAUG